AGCAUUUCCUUGGUCCAUUCUAGUCUUUUGAGAUCCGUCGUCCAAGUCCGUUUGUUUCCUUCAAGUCAUUUUCUAUGACCGGUCAGAAAUCUUGACCGACCCCAUACGGUCUCCCAUGAUGGAUCGAUUCUCUUCAGAGCAGCUUGAAUAUUUUCAAGAUGGGCAAAACGAUAUCGAUGGCAAUCAACAGCAAGGCCUUGUGGGACAGAACCUAAAUUCCUAUAUGCCGAAUUCGCCAUACCGGUUUGGGAUGCCUGGGUCCUCCGUUCCAAGUCAAAAUGCAUCUCCUUUCCUCUUUAGCCCCGGUCCUACCUACUCUGAGCAGUCUCAUGCGCAAAACCUUAGCAACGUACCUGCCCAACUCCGAGUUUCCACACCAUCUUCAACUUUCCCGCCCCUCUCUUAUCACCAGAGUCCUGCUAUAGGCUUGAUGCCUGGACUACCACGGACAGAUCUCAGUCCGGAUCAGUCAUGGUUUGGUGACCCGAAUCUGUUGUCCAUAUCAUCCUCGACUGGGCUGUCCGAUACCCUUUCUACCCCCGUUUCAGGACAAGGGACCGUAUCCACCUCUAACAAUAGUUCCCUACCACCCUUAAGCCUUCCCUUUCAAACAGAGCCAGUUAACAAACAGACACAACCGGGUCUGGGCCACGCAAUGAAACGACAUGCAACGGAAUCUCCAGCCGAGGGAAGGAAGAGACAAAAACACAACGUUUCCGAGCCAGAAAAUUCAGUUCACGGACAGAACAUGAAUAAGUGGAAGCAGCGAGGGCAUGGGCAGCGCGAAAACCGUCAGCAUGGUGUGCACAAUUCACAGCCUCCACCCGGAUUGGAGGGUUGGUUCGAGGAUAUGGUAAAGGCCAGUUGGAAAACCACAAAUAGGUCUCCCACCAGAGAAUGUUUGUCCGGCAUUGCGAAAAGCUUCAACCUGUCGCUCGAGAUGGUUGAAGUCUGGACUCACAAGCUCUGUAUGGACCAGUCUAUCCCCUCCGGCGUAGAUCCGACACUGUUAUCCGCUCAUACGCGGAACCUUAACUCUCCGAAUCGAAAGCGAGCGACCUCGGCCCCCAGCUCGCCAUUGUCGGGCGGCGUUGUGCUUGACCACGAGCUACGGACACGGCUCGAGAAAUAUGUCCUCGAUGCGCAGAGUAAAGAUUGCAAGAAAACAAGCAGAAACCCCGAUGGCAUGUUCCAUUGCACAUGGAACUGCGGCUACACCACCAACCGGACGGAUGACUGGCAAAAGCACGAGGAAAUCCGCCAACCCCAGAAAUUCUGGAUUUGUCAGUUUUGCUCGCGCGAGGAGGCAAAUAUCGCACAUAGGGAUGACAAGAUGGUGGAACAUCUAGUCGCAAAACACAAGGAAGACCUUUCCCCAGGCAAGCCCUUGGAUUCGAAAGGUCUGAAGGGACUUGCAAGGGAAAAGCUACCGACGAUGCACGUACUACAGUAUCGAGAAUCUUUCAUUCUGCGCUGUGGUUUCGGUGGCUAUAAGUUCAAGAGCUGGGACGACAGGAACAAGCAUCUCAUUGCCCAUUUCCGUGGAACAAUCGAGCCGUCCUCCGCGUUUCCUGCGAACUGGUUAAUGCCAUGGCCGGACUAUAUGUCAGACGGAUGCAAAAGACGUGAUGAUGCUUCGCCAACGAUGAGGAAAGGGAAGAACGCCGCCCCAUCCUGGGAAAAGGGAGACCCGGGAUACUCUAAUUCGCACAAUCGUACGACCAGCGAAGGCAACCCGGCCUUCCCCGCAAACUCCACUGAACACAACCAGCUUUCGUCCUGGGUUUCAGAAGACCUUAGCUUCAUGGACCUUGGAGGCACGAAACUGGAAAGUUCGACUGCCGGCCUUCGCAUUCUCGACCAAAACUUCAUCUCUCUUCGUACCAUUGCGAAACUUGGCACCGGCGUCACGGCCGAAGUAGACAAGGUUCGGGCUGAAGACGGAACGGAGUACGCGAGGAAGAUGGUGAAGAACCCUCGACGACGCCCGUCGAUAAUGCAAAGAUUGGUGCACGAAUCACAUAUCAUGCGGUCCAUGGCGCACGAAUCCCUCGUAACCUUCGUUGCUCUGGUUCAAGAAGGCGAGAGGCUGUAUCUUCUCAUGACUCCAGCCGCCGAACUGGAUCUGGAACAAUUCUUGAGAGGAGAGGAGUCCAGGGUUGCCCUGGAGUCAAGUUUGAUUGAUCUCUGCUCGUCUGCAGCGGAAGGCUUGUCCUACAUGCAUCGCCAUCAAGUAUACCACCGGGACCUCAAACCAGCGAAUAUUCUGGUUCACAAUCGGAAGCUGUUGCUCGCCGAUUUCGGUUUAUCUUAUCGAUCGAAGGAUGAGGUUAAAUCGUCCAUUCGCAACGCACCCUCCCCGAUGUAUGCCGCCCCCGAAGCCGCUCGAGGAUCUCCGCACGGAAUGCAGUCCGAUGUUUUUUCACUGGGAUGCGUCUUCCUCGAGGUUCUUGCCGUGCGCCUUGGUGAAUCUGUGGGCGACGUCCACGCGGCACUCGGCAUGUCCAAGGACACCGGUCGACGCGCAACAUAUCGUGAAAAGAUCGGAGAGAUUAUGGAUUGGAUCUCUAGCCGAUGCUCGCCCCAAGAGCUCGAUCGAAAAAUGUGCGACCUGGCUAGAGCUAUGAUGGAUCCGCUACCUCAACGCAGGCCAACCGCUACCCAGGUUCUCGAGACAUUGCACCAGCUCCAGGUUCCAGGCUUGCAUGGCGCUUUGGAGAACCAUCCUGGCCUUGUUUCAUCGCCAGUCAAUUCCGAGGAAACUGGAGCUGUCCAAAGUUUGGGGCCGUCAACCUGGUGGACAAUUAAGUUCCAAUUGCAGAACUAUUUCCUGGCUCUGAGCCAGAUUGUCCGGUUUGACUCACAUCGAAUCUCCCACGGCCCAGGCAAUCCGAUUGCAUUUGGAAACGAUACAAUGCAGUCAUACCCAGCACGAUUGUUAGACUUGAGCCAAUAUACUCCAGAGGAGGAGAGAGUUCGACUAGUUCUGGCUUCCAUGGUCAAACCGUCCGCGGCCUACGUGGCUUUGAGCCAUAUAUGGUCACCAUCGGACGAGAUCUGCACAACGCGUCAGUCGCUUGCACAGUUUGAGAGAGCAAUCCAUUGGAAUAUUCUUCCGUUGAAAGUUCAAGACGCAUUGCGAGCAACAGUCCGGAUGGGAUGGAGAUAUCUCUGGGUCGACACUCUCUGCAUUGUCCAAGAUGAUGAAAAAGAGCGGCAAGAAGCGGUGUUAAAGAUGUCGCGGAUUUACUCAAGCGCCAUAGCGGUCAUCAUCGCCAUAUCUGAGCUCGAUAGUCCCACUGGUGCAAACGACUCGGUUGCAACAUCCACGCUGUGGUCGCCAGCGAAAUCAAAACCCUUCACUUCGGGAUCCUUCACACUUGUCCACCGCUCUAAAGAGACAGCCAGGUAUUCAUUAUCGCAAGCUUCCAACCCGACCGCGUCUGUCUUAGAUAGAUUCACGGUCAACGUGCAAUCUGACCCGCAGAAUAGUUCAUCACGAUGGUGGAUGAUCCAGAAAACACCAAUAAUUAGGUCAAUACAAAGCACGUCUUGUGGUCCAUACCCCCAUAAGCCCUGCCGAGUCUGUAUCGGUCGCAGAGUCCGGCGCGCAACACGGCUUCUGCAGACUCUGGCGCGGCUUGUCGGGCAAACCAAAGGAGCUGCCCGAAGGACGCAUUUGCGGCAGAAAUCCAUCACCGGUGAAGCCAGCCCCGGCGCCCAAGUCCAACCAAGCCCACUGUACACCGAUGUCAUUGGCAUCGGCGGCGGCGACUGCGGCGGAUUCGACGACAGCUCUCUAUUCCCAACGCGCCGGGACUUCUCCGGCCUUGGUGUGAAUUCCGCAUACGGGGCAUACGUCAGCGCACCGAAUCCACUCCCUCCAUCCGAUGAAGAUGAAGGCUAUCUCAGCGCGUCGGAGCAUUGCUCCUUAAGCGAUCGCGACCUAAUGCGCGACCUAGACGAAGGCACGGAUUUGGGAGAGCUAGACAAUUUGGCGCCAGACGUGCAGGCCGAGCUUCGUGCGUGCAUCGGAAUUGGGAUGUAUACCAUGCCUGUGGCAACUGCGAGUGUCGAUCCGGAGCAUGUGAAAUGGUGGAAUCUGAAUGAUGUUAGCUCGUGGGUAUCGACGAUUGAAUCUUCGGUCUCGGACGUGUGUGACCUGAUUUAACCCUUUCCCACCUGUGGAUCCGUUCAUUUCGUUCAGAGGUGAAGGGGUUUUUUUUUAUUUGACUGAGCGUUCCCAGCCGAGAUACCCGUCUGUUUUUCCUGAACAUGUUCUCUUAUAUGACGACAAUGCGGCAUUUCAUAGUCCCUGAAUAUAUCACUAGAAUCUAUAACCAUAUA